AUGUCGGGCGGCGAUUCUAUCGGUCCACUAAAUCAAAACCUGGCCUGGAAAGCUAAAUUCGGGAAUGAGGUUCGAUCCAGAAUUCCUCAACCGAUUGGUGUCUUGAGAGGCUAUCGACAAGAUAACCCUUCUGGUGACCAUGAACUUUUGCUUCAUGAGACUGUAGCUGCCGAUUACAAAAGGUCUAUUGUAUCAAAACACUCAACCAGAGCACGGCUUCAAGACCUAAAUCAUAAUAUGCUCCGAGGUGUACGCAACACAAUGACAUCGACUAGUAAUAGUAUAGAUGUCAAUUGUAAAAGGUCGAUCACAGCGAUCCAUUCAAUAUGUGGAGUAUCUGUGACAUCUGGAUCAUCCGGAUUAGAUCAAAACUGUCUUGAUCUUACAUCUCUGCGGGAAAGAUGA